CCCCUCACCGUCCGUAGUAUGGCCUUUUAUAUGAUCAUACUGAAUAGAACGAACAAGUCAAGUCAUGGUUUGACGAAUAGCGCCGUCUAGCAGCAAGCGUAAAGCUCCCCCCUACUUCAGUUUCAACCUUUCCUUCAACUCCAUCUCCACCCACCACCCACACACCAGCCUCCCUCCGCCAUGCCUCCGAUAGCGGGCCAAACCCUCCUAGUAAUCGGCGGGACAUCCGGGAUCGGGGCCGCGGUAGCCAAGCUCGCCGCCGCCGAGGGUCUCGACGUCUCCGUCGCAUCGUCGAACCCGCUCCGGGUCAAAAGCGCCGUCAAGGCGAUCCAGGAUGCCGUCCCCGUCGCCCGUAUCAAUGGCUACGUGUGCGACGUGAACCACGACGACGCCGAGUCCAGCAUCGAGCAGCUACUCUCCGACGUCACCAACGCUAACGGGCGUCCUCUCGACCACAUCGUGUACACAGCAGUCGUGCUGGACGUGCGUCCCGUCGCCGACGUGAACAUGAAGUACCUACGCGACAGCACGCAAUUUGGAUACGUAGUACCGCUGCUAAUCGCGAAGCUAGCGCCGCGCUACGUGAACCAGAGCUACAAGUCAUCGCUAACGUUCACGAGCGGCCGGGUUGCCGAGCGACCGGUUAAGGGUAUGGCGGUCGCCUCGGGCUGGGGUGCGUCGCUCUUCGGUACCACGCGUGGUCUCGCGCUGGACCUCGCGCCCGUGCGUGUUAACCUCGUGAGUCCCGGUGCCACUGACACGAAGAGCGGCGAGGAAUGGACUCGGUGGGUGGAGAUGAUGGCCAAGACUGCCUUGCUCGGAAAGAUCGGGACUCCUGAGGAGGUCGCAGAGGCGUACAUCUAUUUGAUGAAGGACACUAAUAGCACGGGAAGCUGUCUAAGUACAAACGGGGGUAUCUUAGUUCAGUAGAACAAGAAUUAGCAUCGAAUGCUUGAAAGGCCAGAGAGGUAUGCAUGCUCUGAGAUAGAUAUACCAAUUAGAAGUGAGAAUUAUAAGCAGGUCGAAGUGGCGGCAGCAGAGUUCGAUGUCGUGAGUGGAAUUAUUGUUAUGCUAUUGGCACCUUUUAUUACCAAGUCUUAUUCUCCCCCUUUAUUUA